GGUAAAGCAUCAACUGGAGUGAAUAGUUCACCAAUGCUUUUUGAGAAGCUUGGUGGUUAUAAUGAGAUGAAUGCAAUGAGAAACUGUAGCAUUGAUGCUUCCAUUGAUGUCCCUGUUAGCAAGUCCCAUGAAGCUGUUAUGGUCAUGGAGAGCGGCCGAAACAUGGAUGGGGAGUCAGAUGCUGAACGAAGUGAAUUUAAGGAAGAAAAAUCAGGAUGCGCUGUAGAAACUGUACAUGGUGACGACAAUGUUUGCCAGAAGGUGUCUGCAGAGGCAAAUGCUUCCAGUUUAACUUGGUUAAUUUCUAAAGAAAUGGAAGGUUUUGAAGGGAAAACAUUUGAUAUGAUGAUGGGCCGUCCUAGUGACUUCCUUAUAUCAAGUAAAGAGUUGGCCAGUGGUAAAAAUACGGCUAGAUACCAGUGUGAUCAGGUUGUCAGGAAGGAAUCUGUAACAGGUGCUCUCUUGUUUGAGCUUUGUGACCGCAGCAGCAGUGAUGAGGUGGCUGGCAAAGCUGAUGCAACUUUGACUCCAACCAUUUAUAAAGAACUCGAAAGUUUUGGGGGAAAGAAAGUUGGAUCACGGGGAAACACUUCUAAGAGAAUAGAAGGAAUUAAUAUGUGGACAGACCAAGAGAUCAUAUCUGUAGGCAGCGAUUCCAACGCUGACACUUUUACACAAGGUAUGAAUGAUGGCUUUGAUGAAGAAAAAACUGCAGAAGUGAGCGAUGGUGAUCUUUAUGAUCAUAUCAGUAAAUAUGGUGAAGCAGCUGACAAAGAAUCACUGAUUAUGACAACCGAAAAAUUGGACAUGUCGGACACACAAAAUGAAGGAACUGCACAACGAAAUUGUCCCGUGGGGCUUGGUAACCUAUUUUCAGAUUAUGGUGGUGAGUUUUUGAAAAUUAAUGAUGCUGGCCGCAAUGCUUCCCCUGACAUUGCUUCUGCAGAUUGUGAGGGUAUUGAUGAAACAUCAAAUGGAUUUAUGGGCUCUGAGCUUGAACUUGGAGUCAAGGCUGGUAAAUUUGACAAUCUCAAAGAGGUGAAUGCUUUAGAGCUAGAAAGAAGUGCUUCCGUUUCUUUAGAAAACCGUAUCUCUAUGGAUGUCAUAGCUGCAUUUAACGUUGAAAAGAUGGAGGAUGAUUCGAAGUUGUACCAGAGCAACAUUGAUGAUGAGAAGGAAUACAGCAUUGUUUCUCUUCCACAGGUUACCCCGAAGGGCAUUGCAGAGCACUCAGUUGAGGAGGGACUUCUUCAUGAGAGUAAAGAUGAUUGUAGUGCUGCAUUAAAUGAUGCCAGCAAGAACAUUAAGGCAGAUAGAGCUGGGUCAGUGGCCGUAAUUGGAAAGAUUUGUUUUGAGAAAACUGAAGGCUGCACCAAGUGGACUGAAAGAACACCGAUUUCUCCACAGAUACCUAUAAGUAGCGGGAAAAAGGCUCAGCAAUCUUCAUUAGAACAAAAAUUAUUUGCUGAGUCUUCUGGAAUAUGCGGAAUAGGUUCAAGUACUGAUGCUGUUUCAGAGCUGAAUGUUUUAUUAUCUCAUGGAGAAAAAUAUAAAUCUCAUCCAGGUAGCAAGUCAAUCGGCAAUGAGGUAGGACUAAAGGUUAUGGCUUCUAACGACAGAGAACAAGUACCCCUAGAGCUUCUCACUGGAUCUGAUGCAUCUGCCUUGUUCACCAACUGGGAAGUGAAUUUGAUCCAAGGGAGUGGAGAAGAAGAUCUUGUUGAAGAAUCUGAUGGCGAAGCCUCGAAGGACAAUUUGAUAAGCAACGAUUCUGAGCAUACUGCAUGGAUGAACAAAAAUGUUGAAGAAGUCUUGUUCACCAACCGGGAAGUGAAUUUAAUCCUAGGGAAUGGAGAACAAGAUCAAGUUGAAAAAUUUGAUGGAGUAGCCUCGGAAGACAAUUUGAUAAGCAAUGAUCCUUUAGAUGAGGAUGUAGCAAAGACAAGCAUAAGCAACGAUACUUUAGAUGAUGCUCCUCUUGACUUAAAAGUAGACAAUAUCUAUUAUUCUGACAUCCAAGAUACUUGUGAAAUAGGAUCGGGUGCAAUAGACAAAGUUAGCUCAGGAGCCGCUGCAAAGAUGGACAUCCUAGAGGAAGUGGUUAGUGGAGGGAUUCCACAAACAGUUAUUCCAGCUGAGGCAUCACAGGAAAUGGCAGAAAGUCCGCUACAAGAAAGAUUUUUAUGCUGCAGCAAAUCGGAAGAAAGCCUGUCUCCAGAUACCCCUAGUCGCUUACCUGAAAUCACCUCAGGUGCUUCUGUGGUACAGCGAAAUGGUCCAGAGUCUUAUAAAGGUGAAUUUGUACCACAAUUAUACUGUAAGGAUAUGAGAAGUCACGGAGGAGAAGAAACAACUUGCGAUUACAGAGGGAGCAUUCCCACAGAGCAGGGUGAAUUCCAUCAAGGGGACUUCAAAGUUUUAAUAGCACAAAAGGUCGGGGCUGAGGAAGUUAGAGAAGCUUUAGCCACAGAUGAUACCAACCUAGAAUCCAAUCCCAGUGAUCCUCAGGAAGUUGCUGUAGAGCAGGCUAAUGAGCACCCAGACGCAUUAAAUGAAUCACUUCUCAUGGUUGGCCUUGAUUAUCCGACUCAAAAUCAGCAGUCAUGUGGGUGUUCUCUCCGAGGAGAUUGUAAACACGCAUUAAAAGAGAGAGAGAGCCACUCCAUUGAGACCGAGGCAACAAAUUGCUUGCAUCAGCUUGAUGUAGGUGUUUUCUCCGAGGAGAUUGUAGACUUUGGAAAUGGCUUUGUUACUUCUACAUUCAAACGUCAGCGAGAUGUCGAUUCUUCCGCUGGUACUUCAGUCAGUGCAUUUCAGCAUCGUAUAACAGAAAAUGAUGCCUGGGAGUUGAAUUUAUUUUUUGAAGAGAACGAACAGGAUGAGAAUCAAACGUCAGGUGCACGGUUCUUGCACACCAAUUUGAGAAACGAGGGUGCUGGGAAGGUGUACGAAAAUAUAAAUGUUACUGAGCAAGCCGCUAUUCAAGUUGAUGAAGAGCAACAUGGUGAACUAUGGCAAGUAAUGGAUGAGCAAAUUGAAGAGGAAAAACACGCAUACUUUUCUGUUUCAGAUGAGCCCAGCUUUGAAGAUGUCGAAGGUUCAAAGAAGCAAGACUGUGCUCUUCUCGAGAUUGAUAGCAUUGAAGAACGUAUUAACUUUGAGAAUCAUCAGAAUAAAUCUGUGAAUACUGAGCAUUCUUACGAUUCCAAAGAAAAGGAAAUCUUGAUAGAUGUUAAUGAGGUAAAUGGUUAUCAUGAUGAUGUUUCAUCGGAGCAAAUGGGGGAACGCAAUUCCAGCUACUUAAAACAAUAUAAUAAUGAGAGCCUCAGUGUUGAAGACAUCGGAGUAAUAGAGAACUUAAGUGUGAAUGUUUCAUCCAAACCAAAUAUAUCCACAUUGGAUCAAUCCACUGAAAUUAUCAAUUCAACUAGCAGUCAAGACAUUGCUGUCAGGGAUGAUCAAACGCAUCAACUGAAGUUGCCUUCAUCUCAAAAAGGGGUUUCAUGUGACAAAGAGGAAGAAACCCGUAGUUCGGACGCUAAACAGUUGAAUUCGUCAUUGGUUCGAAUGGAGGCCAGGAAAACUGGUUUUGUUCAAGCAACUCCUCAGAAGAUGGUCACUUACACCGGCAUGAAAGAAAACCUGGCAAGUAUCAAGAUGGAGAAACGGGGUAACAUGACAGCUCCGAACCCAUUAUCAAAGAGGCGGGCUCUGGGGAAUCUCAGGAACAAUUAGAUUUAAAACGGGCCCUUCUGGUUUUCGGUUGGUGGUUUCAGGUUUUCGCGUUUAGAUAUGAGCAUAUCUCAUGCAUCUUUUACUGGCAUAUGAAUACUAUAUGUUUUGGUUGUUCAGCAGAAUUUAGAUUUGUUUGUGUAAUCUUAUGCUUGAACGCCUCCGAUUUCUUGAGCAACGAAAUACUUGCUUAUAUUUAUA